GACAGUGAUCCGUCAGCUCCUAACAAAACGUGUGAGGAUGGAGAAGAAGUCAGGUGUUGACCUGCAGAUGGAGACAUCAGAAGGAGGCCUGAAGGAGCUGGUGCUGCGGUGGUUCACUGAGACGCAGGCACCGCUCAUCUUGGACAACGGAAACUUCCCAGACUGGUUUCAAGGCUUCGCUGCAAGAAAGGACGCGGAAGAUCUAUUGAGAGAUAAAGCUCUGGGCUGUUUUCUCAUUCGCCUCAGUGAUAAAGCCGUUGGCUACAUCCUGUCCUACAAGGGUCUAGACAGGUGCCGCCAUUUUGUUAUUACCCAGGGCAAAGAUGGACUGUUCGCCAUAUCAGGAGAUUGCCAGACUUACCGAACUCUCAAAGAGCUGAUAGAGCACUACAAGGUCAGCCCCAUCCAGCCCUUCGGAGAAUACCUGACCUCCAGCUGUAAUGAGGUAAACACAGGUGAGCUGUAUGACGUGGUGAACUACAGGACCAAAGGGAAAUCAGGAGUGAGUGUUCAAGCUCUGCGGACCCUGUGGGACCAGAAGAAUGAACACCACAGCGACCACCACAAUAAUCAAAGGAUCCAGCAGCAAAAUGACCCUCUUACGGGACAGCCGCCUGCUCUGCCACCUAAAUCAAAAAGCAGAAAGCUGACAGGAACUGUGUCUGUGGACGCGAUGUCCCACUCUCAGAGUGUCCCCCCACUCCCAAAAAGAGGCAUUCCUCUGGCCUUCUCUCUGAGUGGAUCUUUGCCCGAUACGACAUCUCAUCCAAGCGAUAUCCAGAGUGACACAAACAGAGCAGAGAGACUCAGAGGAAACACAAACCCGAUGCUCAACUCAAACUCUUUUAACACCACAGACAUAAAACAUCCAGGUGACCUUUAUCCUGGGCCGGUGGAGAGCAGGAGCAAAUCUCUACCAAGACUGGACAACAGCAACAUGGAGGAGGAUGGGGAGUACUCCAACAAGCUUAGCAGUCCUCCCCUCACCACGCCAACAUCUUAUUCUCCCACUCUGGUCAAAAGGGUCACUUGCCACACCUACUCACUCCAUGAACCCAGAUUUAACAGCUCCAGGUCGGAGCAGCAGAGCGAUGAUCUCGAGGUGCUGAGGUCCAACCCGCUCUACCACACCACCGAGGAGCCUGGGGGAAGUUCGGCUCAGCAGGGAGACGGCAUGUAUGCUGAGGUCCCCCAAAGGCCAACAGCUGCCGCUAGGCAUGACGACACCUAUGAGCUGAUACAAGGGGAGGCCGCCGCCAUGCACGGCAACACGUACGAAUCUGUGGAGGACAUGAAGACCAAGAAGUCCAAAUCCACCUGGGGCAAAAAUAAUAUGAAAUGGAAGAAAUUCCUGCCUGAUUACAAGAAGAAAUAAAAGUGACAAGAAGGACUCGUAUGGAUCAUUCGUGUUUAGAUACAGAAAAGACUGAUGUUGAUAUAUGAAACAAAAAGAAAUCAAACUUUCAUAAUAGCAAGUCGAAAGUCGUUUUAAACACUCCAUAGUGUCACUCUACCAUCUACCAAAGCCAUCCUGUAUAUUUUGUUAGUCUUCCUUAAUUUCUUUUUAACUUUUUGUAUCCGGAUUUCUUUUAAUGGUACAGUAGUAGUAGUAGUAGUGGUAAUAGCGGUGGUGAUAUUUUCAUAAUUGUUGUGGCAUUAAAACUGAUAUUAAGCCA